GUUGUAAUCAAUAAAUGUUGCACCUAAACCCCACUCAUAUUCUAUAUUCUAUAAAUAUCCCACAUUUCAUUUCUACCUCAAAUAUCUCUUCUCUUGUGAUUUGGUUCUCUUUUUUCUACUUAGAGUUUUGCCAAAUCCGGAGUUGCUACAAUGGCCAUGACUAAGUUCUUUGCUUCUUUGAUCUUGGCACUCAUUGCCAUUUCCAUGCUUCAAACAUUGGUCAUGGCUGGUAAUGAUCAAGGAGGCCACCUCUAUGAUAACAAGCGCAAAUAUGGACCAGGCAGCCUCAAUAUCAACGAAUGCCCAUCACAGUGCUCGAGGAGAUGUGGGAAAACCCAAUACCACAAGCCUUGCAUGUUUUUCUGUCAGAAGUGUUGCAGGAAAUGCUUGUGUGUACCACCAGGCUAUUAUGGUAACAAAGCUGUGUGCCCUUGCUACAACAAUUGGAAGACCCAACAAGGAGGACCCAAGUGCCCUUAAAAACCUUUACCUUCAUCAAUUAUCUAUAUCUAUAUUGAAUUAAUAAUUAAUAAUUUUCCUCCUUGGGUUUUUUAUAUUUUACUAUUUAUUAUAUACUAAUUAAAAAAUUUAUGGUGAGUUUGACAAAUUUAUAGAGAACUAUAUUAUUUUUUACAAAAAUUGUAUUUUGUAUUAAAAUUAUAGUAUCAUUGUAAUUUCGUCAAAUUCACUGUGAUUAUAAAGUUCCACAAAUGUUAGUCUUUAUAAUCUAUAAAAAUGUUUUGAUGUAUUUUAAUGCCCUUUUGAGUUUAUGGGUAUCAUUGCUAUAUAAUAUUAACACUCCUUUUAGGCUUGUAUGCCUUUAUUGAGAGGAGCCUAUUAAUGUGAUUGUUACCAUUAUAUGAAAUUUCUUGUGGUAGUGUGUAA